UAGCCAAGGACAAAGCAUUAGGUCAACACCCCGAAUUUAUUAUGGGCGGUUUGUGCUUUUUUUUAAGUUGAAACUUAUAUAAAAAGGAUGCGAUUCAGUGUAAAGUUAUCUGUUGAUUUCCAAACGGGCAGACACACACAUCUCACAAUGAAAUUCCUGGUACUAGCCCUCUGCGUCGCGGCCGCCAGCGCCGCCUCCACCUUCGGAGCCCGCCCGUGGCAGCAGGCGUCCGCCCGCGCCACCGUCAACACCGCCGCCGUGGCCUCCGCGCAGGUGGUCUCCGCCCCCGUGGUGGCCGCCAAGGCCGCCUACAACGGAGGCCAGGACUGGGAGGCGACCGUGCUCCGUUCCGAGUCUGACGUGCAGCCUGAUGGCUUCAACUACGUCUACGAAACCGCCAACGGAAUCGCCGCUGAGGCUUCCGGCUCCCUGAGGAAGGUUGACAACAUCGACACCGUCGCUGUCCAGGGCUCUUACAAGUACACCGCUCCCGACGGCACCCCCGUGCAGGUCACCUACGUCGCCGACGAGAACGGAUACCAGCCCCAGAGCAACCUCCUCCCCGUCGCCCCCGCCAUCCCCGAGGCCAUCCUCCGCUCCCUGCAGUACAUCGCGGCUCACCCCCAGCCCGUUGAAGCCAAGAAGUUCUAAAUUCAAAAUUAGAAGAAAAAGAAACAAACAUAGACAAGGCAAACGCUUACCGGCAACAGAUCGAGAGCAACAAGGACACGAGUGAAGACUUAAUCAAUUGAAUGGUCAAAUGCGUAAUGUAAAUAAAUGAUUUGUGCCAUCCA